ACACAGGUCCAAACACAUGCUAUGGAGACUUUGGGGACCAUUAACCUGGCUGUAUUAUAGAGGGUGGCCUGCUAACACAGGUCCAAACACAUGCUAUGGAGACUUUGGGACCCAUUAACCUGGCUGUAUUAUAGAGGGUGGUCUGCUAACACAGGUCCAAACACAUGCUAUGGAGACUUUGGGACCCAUUAACCUGGCUGUAUUAUAGAGGGUGGUCUGCUAACACAGGUCCAAACACAUGCUAUGGAGACUUUGGGACCCAUUAACCUGGCUGUAUUAUAGAGGGUGGUCUGCUAACACAGGUCCAAACACAUGCUAUGGAGACUUUGGGACCCAUUAACCUGGCUGUAUUACAGAGGGUGCUUAUUGAUUAUACAUUGGUGACCUUGAGUGUUAAAUUUUAUUUCACCAUUAUAUAAUUAUACAUGUCCACACAGCGUUCCCCUGGUCCACCCAAUCCCCUCCCUUCUCCGAAAAAAACUCGUCCUGUUGCUAAGAAACCAAUCAAAACCCUCCGUGACUAUCACCCCCAUCAACGCUACGAGAGCUAUUGCCACAGCGGUUACCACGACAACCAUUUCAUCUCGAGAUCGACCUCGCGGAAGAGGUAACGGGUCUAAGUCGCCACGGCAACAACGAGUAUCAAACCUGAAACCGUCCAAUCAGAAUGCAGGAUUCUAUAAGACAGUGGACUGUGGGCUUUUGGUCAUGUCCCGUUCACUCCACAAAGAAUAGGAUCAGACGACCACAGUGACUGGCAGUCCAUUUCCUACGGAUGACUUUGGUAGCAGUUCAUUUGACGGACGUUCCUCUACCCCGCCCACUCAUACUACUGCUGACAAUGCAAGACGAGAUUUGUUUGGAGCACCCCCCUUUGGAGAGGGUUCAAAGGUUACGAAGACAAUGACAACUGUAGAUCAAUUUGGAGCAGUUUCUUUUAGCUGAAUUUUAAUAUUUAUUUUUCUGUGUGUUUAGUAUUAUUAUAAGUGUUGUUUUGUGUGUAGUAGGAUCACAUGACUCCACUAUUGACUGUGUGCAUAUAAUUAUAAAUGGAUUUGUGUUUUUACUUCAUAUGCAAUUGCAAUAAUUAUCUUGUUGAAAGAAGGUCAAAAAUAAAUGGAUUUGUGCAGUGCUUAAUUAGCUUUGCUUUGUUUACUAAGAAAGCCCCGGCUGGAAUGUGACACCUCUGAAAAAGGGGAGGAUCUGAGCAAUGAUUAUGUUUAUAGGAAAGGGGCGAAAUUAGUGACAGAGCCAGAGGGUUGAGCAAUACGUUGUGUGUCAGUUCGAGAAACAAGGGGAGAAUUUGCCAGGACAGAGUUUGAACAAAGCUUCAAUGGCUGAACAAGAUUCAGAUGCUCAAAAGAAGCUAGCCGAGGACUUAUGGCAGGCUGUAGACAAUAAUGGCGUCACCAAAGUUAGGUCCCUGUUGGGACAGGGGGCAGACCCCAACCACCAGCUCUACUGGAGUAACGAGUGGGCGGAUGAUUGGGAGGGUAUUCCUCCAUUACACUGGGCUUGCUGGAGGGGCUACCUUGAGAUUGUGAAGACACUUGUUACUCAUGGAGCUCGUACUGAUAAAGGUGAUAGGACGAACAACAGUACUCCACUUCACUGGGCAUGCAUGCGAGGUCAUAAAGAGGUGGUGCAGUACUUGAAGGAGGAAGUCGGAUGCAGCACUGAUGUGAGGGACAAGUGGGGCAGCACACCACUGCACAGUGCUUGUGGGAGAGGACAUAUACAACUAGUGAAAUACCUAGUGGAGGAACUAAAGUGUGAUGUUGAUGUGACUGGUGAUGAUGGCAGGACUCCUUUUGACUGGGCAGUACAGUUUGGUCGCACUGAAGUUGCUGACUAUCUCAAGUCUGUAGUCUCCACUCCUGAACCAGGUAUGUGUCACUAGAAAUCCCAUACCUAAUUUCCACAAAUAUUGGUAUAGCAAGUUCAAACUUGGCACACCAAUAGAGCAAGCCAUGCCGGUUCCAUUGAUACCUUCAAUGUUUUUGUAGGACAAUUGGUUGUGGUACAAUUACACGUUUUGUAGACCCCAAUAAUACCUGGAAUGUUAGUAGCUCCCACGCACAUUCCAUUCUACUUCUUGGCCUAUAAAUACAUCGAUCACUAGCACUUGUGUGGGUGCGUCUACUGUUAUAUAAAUCGGAGAGUUUUCUGAAUCACUAUUGCAAUAUAUUAUAAUGUACUUUAUGUGUUACAUGACAUAAUUAUUAUGCCUCGGUGCGCAUGCGCAAGCGAGGUAUGCGGUAGUGUGUGUGUGUGUGUGUGUGUGUGGAUCGCUACAGCUGCUCUAGGUGUGCAAGUAAGAGUUUCUAUAGGCGUCUAGUCAUGUUUUCUUGGAUUUUAAUUUGUGAAUUUGCAAAAUAAUGCUUGGUUCUCGAGUUAUGCCUAGUUUUGCUUACUUGGAAUGCCUUUUCAGAAGAGCACGUAGCCAAACUUGUUUGCUAGUGCAUAUAUUCGAGUUCAUAUGGUGUAUCAAGGUCAAAUU